AUGGAGAUGGUGAAGUUUUAUGAACCGCAAUAUGAAUUCAGAGGACCACCACCGCCAAUCGCUAAUAACAGUUCUCCAGAAAAAAAGCCAGAAGGAAUCACCCCAGAGGUCUGUGUCUACGGAGUCGAUUCCUUCACCGCGGCCUUUCUCUACUCCAUCGAAACCCAAGUGACAAUCGGCUAUGGAACGAGGGUUAUAACCGACAAAUGUCCAGAGGCGAUUCUUCUGUUGAUAGUCCAGUCGAUUCUUGGAUCGAUCGUCGAUGCCUUCAUGGUUGGCUGUAUGUUUGUAAAGAUUUCCCAACCAAAGAAAAGGACGGAGACGAUCGUGUUUUCGAAGAAUGCUGUGAUCUGUACGAGGGAUGGAAAAUUGACUUUUAUGUUUCGAGUUGGAGAUCUGCGAAACUCCCACAUCGUGGAGGCCCAAAUCCGAGCCAAACUAAUCAAAUCCCGCCAAACUGCCGAAGGCGAGUUUAUGCCACUCGACCAAACAGACCUCAACGUCGGAUUCGACACAGGAGAUGAUCGGUUAUUCCUCGUCACGCCGCUGAUGAUUUCGCAUACGAUAGACGAGAAAUCGCCGUUUUGGGAGAUGAGCCAAGAGAGUUUGCAAAGGGAGGAAUUCGAAAUUGUCGUCAUUCUGGAGGGAAUGGUGGAAGCGACGGGAAUGACCUGCCAAGCGCGGAGUAGUUACAUUGAAGAUGAAGUGCUUUGGGGACAUCGCUUUGAACCAGUUCUUCUUCAAGCAGAAACCUACUAUGAGGUUGACUAUGCUUCCUUCCACAAAACAUUCGAAGUCAACUGCCCCGUCAAGUCUGGCAAAGAAACUCAUAACGACGAGCUUGAGCGCCAAAAAAAUCCUGAAAACGGGACGGACACUCCGAAUGCAGAAAACAACAUGCAGAGAAAUCGGCGUCUCAAUCUUCCUAAUCAAUCAGGCGAUAUGAGCGGAUCAGUGACUCCAGUCGGCGGCCCCAUAGGCGGGAUUGGACUACAUCACACUCCAAGUUUCAGAAAACGCCGCCAAGACUUGAUGCAAUAA